UUCGUUUUCGCGCGAAAUCAGUCUGUCUGUGCAAAUUGUGCUGUAAGGAUUCCUGUGUCGCGGUUGCAGAAAACGUCCGAACAACUUUACAAAUGGAUAAAGAGUUAUUUCGUAAGCUUGCUUCGAAGAUUGGGAUAACAGCUGUUAAAGUAUUGAGUCAAGCAGAGGAAUACAUGCGACUGUCCCAAGUGAAAUGUGUUGGACUGGGUUCUGUUACAGCCACCAGCAAGGCCAUUAUUUGCCUUGAGUUGGCAGCGACUUCAAUGAAAUUUCCUCUAGACAAGGAGUAUGCCAUCAAACUGUCUGGACUGAGUCCUAAGGUUUACUCCAGUAAUCUGAAGUCUAUGGAGUGCAUGCUGGGCCUGCAGUCAAACCUGGGUCUCAGAGAUCUUGCAGUGCAGUAUGGGUGUUUGGAAGCGGUUAAAGUGGCCUCUCAGAUCCUUCAGCGGUAUGAGAUCAGUUUGCCCGCAGCUCAGCAGCAAGACCUUGACCUAUCAAAGCCUCUCUUUACCACAGCUGCUCUGUAUGCCGCAUGCAAGUGCAUGAAAAUCAGAACUGACAGGAAAUUAGCCUCUUCAUCUGGAGCAAAGAAGGGCAUCUUUGAUCGGCUGUGCGCACAGUUUCAGAAAUUCGGACAGGAGAUCUGCAAUGAGGCUUCAUCUAUGGAGAAACCAGUUAAAACUGUUCAAAAGAGGCAGAAGACAAUCACUGAAAUGCUAGAAACACAAGAAGAUGAUGAAAAUCUUUCAACGUCCCCUAAGCGAGAGCGGGUUGAGAAGACUGAGGAGGAAGAGACACAAAAUUAUGAAGAGUGGAAAAGAAAAAUCCUUGAAAAUGCAUUAAAAGCCCAGACGGUAGAUUCUUGAACUCUGUAAGGUUUUACGUUUCCAAUUUAUUUGAUUAUGGUUCUGCAUAAUGUCAACAGGCCCUUACUUUGAGUUGCAUUUAAUACUCUGUUACCAAGAGAAGUUGUCUGCCCCCUUCUGGCUUCUUGUGUAAAUUAGUUUCAUUCACAUACAGACACUUUCAGGGGAAUUAAGGCAGGUUUUAUUAUCCUUUUGUUUUAUUGCCAUUUCACAGUGCAAAUAUGGUUACUAUUUUAUAUGACAGAUUUAAUAUCAUUGCAAAUUAAGUUCCUUAUUUAGAUGCAUUUUCAAACUGCUGGGUUUUAUAAUGGUUCAUUUAGUUUGUGUUAAUGUUUGAAUUGUGGUGUUUAAUCCAUCAUGAUUUGGAUAAAUUGAUUUGAAAAAUCUCAUAGGAAGUUUAUAAUGCAUGCAAGAUCAUCAGGAUGGUUGUAUCCAUUUGUUUCAAUAAGAAAUGGUUUAUCUGCUUCCAGUUUGGUUUAUUUUAU